UUUUCUCCCCUCUUCUCCUUCCCAACUUGUCGAUGCCGGCCGAUUACUACGAUACUGACCACGCCCAGCGCGAGAGGUCUCGUUCUCCCCGUCGUCGUUCGCGCAGCCCCCGACGUAGCCGUCGCUCCUAUUCUCCUCGGAGUCGCUCUCGCAGCCGUGACGAUUAUCGCCGCAGUGAACGUCGUUCUCGUUCGCCUAUGAGUGCUGCACCUGGCCCUUCUGGAGGACAUUCUGGUUCUGGUUACGGUGGGCGCAACAGCUACCCGCCUCCUCCCAGAUCGUUUGAGGAUCGCGCAGUCGCCAAAGAACAAAUGAUGCAAGCAGUGCGCGAGUCUUCCCAGCAGGACCGUCGGGUCUAUGUGGGAAACCUUUCCUACGAUGUCAAAUGGCAUCACUUGAAAGAUUUUAUGAGACAGGCUGGUGAGGUUAUCUUUGCCGACGUCUUAUUACUUCCCAAUGGAAUGUCGAAGGGAUGCGGGAUUGUGGAAUACGCGACCAGGGAGCAAGCGCAGAAUGCGGUCAACACGCUUAGCAACCAGAAUCUUAUGGGACGUCUAGUUUACGUUCGUGAGGACCGUGAACCCGAACCUCGUUUCACCGGUGGCCCUUCUCGUGGGGAUUUCGGCGGCGGUGCUGGCGGUCGCGGUGGCGGCGGCGGCUUUGGUUACGGCGGUGGAGCUGGUGGAAGACAGCUCUACGUGUCCAAUCUUCCUUUCAAUGUUGGUUGGCAGGACCUGAAAGACCUCUUCCGCCAAGCUGCUCAACAAGGCGCCGUCAUCCGUGCCGAUGUCCAUACCGAUGCUACUGGACGUCCCAAGGGCUCAGGCAUUGUCGCCUUUGAAUCUCCCGAUGACGCCCGUAAUGCUAUCCAGCAGUUCAAUGGCUACGACUGGCAGGGCCGGGCUUUGGAGGUUCGUGAGGAUCGCUUUGCCGGUUCCGGACCGGGCGGCUUCGGUGGCCGCGGUGGUUUCGGUGGUGGAUUCGGUGGCCGUGGUGGCUUCGGCGGUCGUGGUGGUUUCGGCGGUGGCCGUGGUGGCUUCGGUCCUGGCUUCGGUGGUCGUGGCGGCUUCGGUGGCUAUGGUGGCCCUGGCGGGCCUGGCGGUCCUGGCUUUGAGGGCGCUCCCUCGGUGCCUCCCAACCCAUUCACCGAUUUUGCUACCUCUGGCGGCGAGAAGAGCCCGGUUAUCUAUGUCCGAAAUCUGCCUUGGUCCACCUGCAACGAGGAUCUAGUGGAUCUGUUCUCGACUAUCGGAAAGGUUGACCGCGCGGAGAUUCAGUAUGAGCCAAAUGGACGCUCUCGCGGUACGGGUGUGGUUCAGUUUGAUGACGGAGACACAGCCGAAACUGCGAUCGCCAAAUUCACCGGAUAUCAAUACGGCGGCCGUCCGCUUGGCAUCACCUUUGUCAAGUACACGAACGUGGCGGGUGCUGGUCAGGGAGACGCCAUGGAGGGCGCUGAGCCCACCGGCGGAAUUACACAGGACCAGAUCAUGUAACAGUAUCGUACUCUUUCCCUUUGCGGUGGACCCCAUGUGGUCGAAAAGUUUGCGAUGUUGUUACUCCUAGGCUGGAUGAUUUGCAUGACCUCCGCAUUCGUGUGAACGCGAUGAUGCUAUUCUACCACUUUUGCGAUGUCUUUGUUUUUGUCUUGUUAUCUUCUCCGGCGAUCUGGUUCAUGUGUGGGACAAAUCGAACCUCGAUUCUACUUGCUUCAUGUUUUUCUUUCGGGUGGGUUUGUGAUUGACCAUGGUCUGGUUUCGAUCUGUAUCCCACAUGCUGGGUGGGGUUUCCACUAGAAAAUCUCGGGCUCUGGAGAGGUUCUUUUACUUCGUUUUGAUCUGGCUUUGGUAGAAAUUGCAAUACCCGGUCGUUUAAUGUUACACCAAUGCCAAUAUCCCUGCCGUCUGCGGUCUUAGUUCUGGUUACUUAUGCUUUUAGUAUUCUACCGUCUACUUGUACCAUGGCUAACCAUCUACCACAAGUUCAAACUUGAGGUACUUUACGUAACAGAGUAUAUAGACCACCAAGCGAUAGAGGAACAUGCAUCAUAAACUGAAU